AGAGAUAUGUACGUAAAUAAUGAACAGAUAAGUAAGUCGUCAUAACCAUACGAACGAGUACAUUGUAUGUUCCUUGCUGAUGCCUUAUUUCUAAUGAAAAUUAAAUGGCACUUCAACAUGUAGCAAUAACGCAGUGCACUUGCUGUUGUCCCGAGAUUUUUUUAUUAUUAUUAUUUUUUUUUAUUAUUAAUAUCAACAUCAUUAUCAUCAUCACUGUUAUUUUUAAAUUAUUUUUGUUUUUUGAGAGUCCCGUAAAUCAUUUUUUGAAUAGCUUAAGUAAAAUUGAUUGCAAAGUUAGAUUUCUUGCUUCUGCUGCAACGCACUUUAUCUAUCGGUUCAGUUGGUCCCGUCCGUUGUUCUGUGGCGCAGUUAGCUCUUGGCUGCGCUUAUUUUCCAACAAAUUUCAAGAUUUAUUUAGAAAGAAUGUCUGGACUACGAGAUUUCUUAGAUGCCAUCACCUCUGGUUCUAUGUUCCUGCAUUUUCGCCUGUUGUGAGUUAGAGGAUGCUACCAGUGCUGUGUUAGACCGAGACUAAUUCACCCCAAGUUCCACUGGUAUGGUAGGUUUUGUGGUAUCUCCAAGGUAGAUUCUAGCACAGAUAGUGUCUAGGCGUCGGGCUCUUUUCAAAAGUGUCCUGUAGUUGAUGAACAUGACUUUCCCGGCCCACGUGUAGUCCAUCUGUGCCUUUCGGCUUUCUGUAUUGCUAAGGCAUAGAUCUUCAUUAAUAAAGAGGUUAGUGCAUUCCUAUACGAAGGUUCGCGCUUGGUUUUGUUAACUGUAUGAUGACCAUUACCUAAAACAGUCGCUUGUACCCCCCCCCCCCCCCCUAAUGUUUGCAUUUUAAACUUUCUGACCCGAAAACACACACACACACACACACACAUACACACACACACACAAAUAUAUAUAUAUUUAUAUAUUCUUCGAUGUUUGCUUUUUAUGUUUGUCUUAACCCAUCUCAAUUCUUUGUAAGGGAGUAAAGACAUAGAGUGGGAAGUAAUUUUUAGGUAUUAUGUUGCUUCCUUUUAAGUGUUUUCCGCAAGUACUGCCUUUAAUAAUUCGCUUUGUUUUUACUUAAUAUCAAAUAGAAAUUUUGUCUAUGAAGUUUUCUUACUAAAUAGAUAAAUAUUCUUGAUUCGCUUUCCUUUUCAAUAUGUUGACAGUGUGCUAUUUUACAAACCGCUUGGCUAUUUCGUAUGCGGUAAUAUGUUUAGCGUCACACCAACUAUUAGAUCACCCUUCGGAAAUACCAAGGAGGGAGAGAUCGUAGUUUAGAGCUUAAAUUUGAAUAUAAUUUAUGUAAGUUUAUUAUCAUGAUAGAAAAUUUUAGUCACUUUCAGCUGUUAAGCAUGGCUAAUGCAUUCUUUUCAGGUCUUUCAUGGCUGAUGCCAGUGAGGGGUCCCAUAACAAGCGAUUUGAGGCCGAGAUUUACACGGAGCUCUCCCUAGUUGUAAAUAACUUGAUGGGUGACGAAGAUGAAGAUUCCAGUGGAGAGGACAACCAGAGGGAAAUUAAUCUUCCUCCUGAGAGAGCUCAUAUUGCUGUUAACAGGGAAUUACUUCAUUCUGGAAAUGGGAUGGGAAAUGUGAAUCGUCAGGAAUCGUCUCCAGAUUGCUUGUCCAAUGAUGAAGGUUCUACAAACCAGCAGCCAAGCGUAGAGUCAGAUAAUAACGCUAACAGGGAGUUACUUCAUUCUGGAAAUGGGAUUGGAAAUGUGAAUCGUCAGGAAUCGUCUCCAGAUUGCUUGUCCAAUGAUGAAGGUUUUACAAACCAGCAGCCAAGCGUAGAGUCAGAUAAUAACGAGGAUGUUGGGGAAUUACCUCAUAGGGAAAAUCAGAUGGAAAAUGAACAUAUUCAGGGAUCACCACCGAAUUGCUCUGCUAAUGACAAAGUUUCUACAAGCCAGAGGGCAAACGUAGAGGACAAUGAGAGGAAAAGGAAGCUUCCUUGCGAGUCAGAUGACAACGACCGUGAGGGGGAAUUACCUCAUGGGGGAAACAAGAGGAAAAGGAAACUUCCUUCUGAGUCAGAAAACAAUUUCAUUCAGGGAUCGUUUACAGGUUGCUGGGAUAAUAACGGAAAUUUCAGAAGGCAGCAAGUGAGUGCAGAGGACAGCGAGAGGGAAAAGAAGCUUCCUCAUAAGUCACAUGCAAAUGAACAUGUUGAGGAAAUACCUCAUGGGAAUAAUGAGAGUAAAGAGAAUUCUCCCCCCAAGUGAAGAUAAUGAAGGUUGAUUAGAUAGAAGUCAUGUUAUGUAAAUCUCUUCUUGGUACGUAGAUUCCGAGUCAUGUUAUGUUAAUCUCUACUUGGUACGUAGAUUCCGAGUCAUGUUAUGUAAAUCUGUUCUUGGUACGUAGAUUCCGAGUCAUGUUAUGUAAAUCUCUUCUUGGUACGUAGGUUCCGAGUCAUGUUAUGUAAAUCUCUACUUGGUACGUAGAUUCCGAGUCAUGUUAUGUUAAUCUCUUCUUGGUACGUAGAUUCCGAGUCAUGUUAUGUAAAUCUCUACUUGGUACGUAGAUUCCGAGUCAUGUUAUGUAAAUCUGUUCUUGGUACGUAGAUUCCGAGUCAUGUUAUGUAAAUCUGUUCUUGGUACGUAGAUUCCGAGUCAUGUUAUGUUAAUCUCUACUUGGUACGUAGAUUCCGAGUCAUGUUAUGUAAAUCUGUUCUUGGUACGUAGAUUCCGAGUCAUGUUAUGUUAAUCUCUACUUGGUACGUAGAAUCUGAGUCAUGUUAUGUGAAUCUGUUCUUGGUACGUAGAUUCCGAGUCAUGUUAUGUUAAUCUCUACUUGGUACGUAGAUUCCGAGUCAUGUUAUGUUAAUCUCUACUUGGUACGUAGAUUCCGAGUCAUGUUAUGUUAAUCUCUUCUUGGUACGUAGAUUCCGAGUCAUGUUAUGUAAAUCUGUUCUUGGUACGUAGAUUCCGAGUCAUGUUAUGUUAAUCUCUACUUGGUACGUAGAUUCCGAUUCAUGUUAUGUUAAUCUCUACUUGGUACGUAGAUUCCGAGUCAUGUUAUGUUAAUCUCUACUUGGUAUGUAGAUUCCGAGUCAUGUUAUGUAAAUCUGUUCUUGGUACGUAGAUUCCGAGUCAUGUUAUGUAAAUCUGUUCUUGGUACGUAGAUUCCGAGUCAUGUUAUGUAAAUCUGUUCUUGGUACGUAGAUUCCGAGUCAUGUUAUGUUAAUCUCUACUUGGUACGUAGAUUCCGAUUCAUGUUAUGUUAAUCUCUACUUGGUACGUAGAUUCCGAGUCAUGUUAUGUUAAUCUCUACUUGGUACGUAGAUUCCGAGUCGUGUUAUGUUAAUCUCUACUUGGUAUGUAGAUUCCGAGUCAUGUUAUGUAAAUCUGUUCUUGGUACGUAGAUUCCGAGUCAUGUUAUGUAAAUCUGUUCUUGGUAAGUAGAUUCCGAGUCAUGUUAUGUAAAUCUGUUCUUGGUACGUAGAUUCCGAGUCAUGUUAUGUUAAUUUCUAUUUGGUACGUAGAUUCCGAGUCAUGUUAUGUUAAUCUCUACUUGGUACGUAGAUUCCGAGUCAUGUUAUGUUAAUCUCUACUUGGUACGUAGAUUCCGAUUCAUGUUAUGUUAAUCUCUACUUGGUACGUAGAUUCCGAGUCAUGUUAUGUAAAUCUCAUCUUGGUACAUAGAUUCCAGUAAAGCUCUUCUUGCUACUUUUAUUUCGGGAAAGCUCUUCUUGCUACGUUUAUUUCGGCAAAGUGUAGUAGCAUGACCCCGCAACCUGAAGCUCAGCGUAUUUCCCGGGUUGGGCAUGCCCAGGUCCGCCGCCUUGUCCGCGCUCAUUGGACAGCGGGCUCCCCUCGUUCCCUACUUUCAUAACCUCUAACUUCCUUAUAUUUCAACACUUUACCUUCUCCUUGGAUUUCUUCACCUCUUUAUUACGUUAAUUCCGUAAUUCCGAGAUCACCAUUCCCCGAUCCUCCAGCAGACCAAGUGCAUAGCAGCAGCACACAAGGACUGCCCAGUCCUUAGCCGACUGGGGAGCCUACCGGCUCCCCCGUAGAACUCCAACUUCAGCCUCCAUCACUCAGCCAAACCUGUGGGCACUCACACCCACACAGUCACUCCCCAAAGAGAUAAGUCACCAGACUAACAUAGAAGAUGGCCACAUACCCAUCUACUAUAAAAGCUAUUCUUGCUACUUUUACUUUACAAACUUGCUACGGACUCUGACUCGAUUGCCUGUGAUUAUGGGGGUGCACACGUGCAAUUGCAUAAGGCAGACACGCGAGUCAGAGGACGAGCAGGAUGGAAAUGUUCUACGGAAAAAAGGAGAGAAGAAAAAAAAGAGGAAAAGAGAAAAAGAAAAGAAAAAAAGAGAGAAAAAAACACUCCUUAAAAAAAAAAAAAAAAAAAAAAAAAGGCCCUAUUAUUACUGAUAUUAUAUUAGACUAUUGUUCCACCCUUUUGUUCCUACUUUAUGUUAAUAUUCAGUCACUUGUUUCUUUGUUUGUUUUUUUGUCCGUAUCUUUUGUCCCUCUUUGAUUAUUGUUUGUUUACUGUUCUUAUGCUAUCACCCACAUCACCAUUACUAUAUUAUUACGUUUAACAAUUAUUUCGUGCUCUCCUUUCGUCCCCUCCCUCUUUGAAGUCAGACCCAGUUGUCACAGUAUCAAUUCCCCACAGAUGUUAUCUUAUACACUCCGGUUCCACAGCAAGAUAUCCUUUUUUUUUUUUUUUUUUUUUUUUUUCUCCCUCCACCCAUUGCACCUUACCAUCAUCACCCUCUACCUUUUACUUUCUUAGUGUUUUUGUUUUUUUUCACCUUCAUCAUCCAUUUUUAUCUGCCAUGUCAUUUCUAUGUUUCUGACACAUCUAAAAAAAAAAAUAAAAAAAAAUACACAAUAUAAAACUACAAAAAUAAAAAUCAACUAAAAAGUAGAAAUUCAUAAAACCAAAAUAUUUGUUCUAGUUCAUUUUUGUUCAACCGUUAAGUAAAAGUAAAAUACAAAAUAAAAAAAAAUAAAACCAAUAAGAAUACUUCUUGUUCUUGUUCUUGUUCUUAAAAAAAAAAUCUAGUUAAUAAUUCCUUUUCACUCGUUUGCCAGCAUAAAAAAAAGUAUAAUAAAAAAAAAAAAAAAAUCAUAAAUAAAUUGUCAACUCUACCAAACACUUGCCUCCUUCCUCACCUCAUGAUGACAAAAGAACGACAUGCAAGGGGUGUCGCCCCCCUUUUAUUAAUAUACUGCUUCUUUCACUUUCACCACUUUACCUUCCUUCCCCCCCCCCCCUUCUAUUAUUCACCUCUUUAUUAUGUUUUUGUUUUUUUUCGUACUUCGGCAAAGCUCUUCUUGCUACUUUUAUUUCGGUAAAGCUCUUCUUGCUACGUUUACUUCGGCAAAGCUCUUCUUGUUAGAUUUAUGGAGAUACAAACUUGAUCAACUGGACAUCAGAAAUCCUUUACAGAUUUCUUGAGAUAAUUUAAAAUGUAUUAUUAUUUCAAGCUGUCUUUGGUAGUGUAUGAAAGUCCAACCCGCUUGCAGUCAUUGUUCGUCAUGAACGCUGAUUAGCCGCUAAAUGAAUUAUAUAAAAAAACAAAAGAAAUCUAACAUCUCAUUUCAAACGGCAUGGUUAAAACUCGUCCCGAGACUAUAUAUAUAUAUAUAUAUAUAUAUAUAUAUAUAUAUAUAUAUAUAUAUAUAUGUUUGUCUGUGUCUCUCUCCCUCUCUCUGUCUCUGCCUUUCCCUGUCUUCUUACCCCUCUCUCUUCCUCCUCUCUACUCUUCGUUUCUCUCUUUCCAUACCUCCCUAAAUCCUCUCUCUCUAUCUCUCCAUCAUAUCCUCCUUUUCAGGGAAAAAGACAGGCCAUUGUUUAUUUUUUUUAUUAGCAUUAUUUUAUAAAUAGAGAUGAACACAACGAGCAGAAAGUGCAUAAAUUAUUCAGUACUUACAUUUGCGAUGUCUUGAUGUUUUUUUGUGAAAUUAUAUAAAAAGAGAACUCGGGCAACACAGUCCACGCAUCGUCCGGUUACAGUAACUUUUCUUUUCUUGGGUUAAUAUGAACAUAUUUAAAUAACUUCAUUCAGUUUAAAAUCCAUGGUGUCAAUUGCUAACAAAGCCAUAAUACAUGUUCAGACACACAGGCAUGCCCUAUUGACAAUAUACAUAAUCCAAUAAAUCGAAUCGAAACAUCGUGUGUUUGAAGUAAAAUUUCAGUUAUUUCCUAUAACGCCACAAAAGAUGAAAUAUCUCCGUGUUCAUAGGUGUUUUCUUUGAUCUCUGGAUACAAAGUUACCUAGAAAAAUAUCUAACAUAUUUCCGGUGUAAAAUACAAGCGCGACUAAGCUUUUCUAAAAUAAUAAUAAUAAUAAAUAAACAGUUGAUAUGCAAUAUAAGUCUCUAGCAGUUUUCAGGUUUGGGAAGAUGGAGCUGGAACACUGAUGUAAAAUAGCACAACGUAUUGUCGAAACCCAGACUGCCUCUCCUAACCGUUGUUAAAAAUCCACUGUAUUAGGACUUCUUGCUAUUCAAAGACAGCUUAAAUUAGCGGCCAGUUUAAGAAAGAAACAGUUUUUCUUAAUUUGGUUCCUGUAUUUAAGAAAUACAAUCUCUGUUGGUUUUGGAAACUAGGUUAAUGAUUUUAGAUCAACGAUAUUAUGUGUUUGUCUUGGUCUUGCUCAUGUAUUGAGGAAAUACAAUAUUUGUUGGUUUUGGAAACUAGGUUAAGGAUUUUAGAUCAACAAUUUUAUGUGAUUUUCUUGGUUUUGCUCAUGUAUUGAGGAAAUACAAUAUUUGUUGGUUUUGGAAACUAGGUUAAUGAUUUUAGAUCUAUGAUAUUAUGUGUUAGUUGAUGGAAAACAUCGGCAUAUUUUUAGCACUUAUAAAAUACUUUAAUGUAAGCAUUUGUUCCACAAACAAAUAGGCAAGGGUGUAGCUUAAACAAUGAUGUUAAAUAGCACACGUCGAAACCCUUGAUGCCUCUCCCAAGCGUUGUUAAAAUCCCAACGUAUUGGGACUUCUUGCUCUACUUGGACGAUUUAAGGUUAAGAUUUUAAGAAAUGUAUCUGUUUUAGAAAUUUAGGGUAUUUUUAUCUUUAAUGAUUUAAGGAAGUUAUCUAGUUUAGUAAUUAAAGAAAUCUAUAUCACUUCUUGGAUUCAAGAAACAUAUCUCUGUUUGUUUUGAAAACUAGGUUAAUCUUACAUCAACGAAAUUAUGUUUUAGGUGAUGGGAAACAUUAGUAUAGCUAUAGCACUUAAAGAUAUAUUCUAAUGUAAGCAAAACAAUCAAUUAGGUCCACAAACAAUAAAUAUUUUUGUUACAAACAAUAAAUAUUUUUGUUAUUUAUGUGUAUCCUGGGCAGUGGCUUGUCUCUAAAAGAGCAUGAAUGGGGUAGUGAAGCGUCCCUACCGCCCAUUAGCUUCCAGGUAACUCUUGGGCAAGAUGUAGCACCUGUUUACCUCCCCUUCUAGGGUACAGCCUUCAAUUAGAAAUAAAGUGGAUACUAAUGAAA